CUCCCGCCGCCGCCGCCAGCACAGCCCAGCGCAGCCGCAGGCAGAGAAGAAGGUAGGGGAAGAUGCCGGCGGGGCACGGGCUUCGGUCGCGGACGCGCGACCUCUUCGCGCGGGGCUUCCGCAAGAAGGGGUACAUCCCGCUCACCACCUACCUGCGCACCUACAAGGUCGGCGAGCACGUCGACGUCAAGGUGAACGGCGCCGUCCACAAGGGCAUGCCGCACAAGUUCUACCACGGCCGCACCGGUCGCGUCUGGAACGUCACCAAGCGCGCCAUCGGCGUCGAGAUCAACAAGCAGGUUGGUAACCGCAUCAUCAAGAAGAGGAUCCAUGUCCGUGUGGAGCAUGUGCAGCCAUCCAGGUGCCAGGAGGAGUUCCGCUUGAGGAAAAUCAACAACGACAAGCUCAAGGCAGAGGCCAAGGCCCGUGGCGAGGUCAUCAGCACCAAGAGGCAGCCUGCAGGUCCCAAGCCAGGGUUCAUGGUUGAGGGCACUACCAUCGAGACUGUCACACCCAUCCCGUACGACGUGGUCAACGAUCUCAAGGGUGGUUACUAGGGUGCUUGUUCUUCACCAGCUUGAGCGAAUUAGUAAUCUAUGCUUGUUCCGAAUGUUUUGGUACUGAGUAGUUCUCAUUUUGCUCUCUGGAUUCUGAACUUCUCUGUGGUUAACAUUAAAGAAUUGCUGUGGUCAAUUUCAUUCUCUCCAUAUUGCCACA